AUGCCAGUUCUAGAGCAGCUCCGGCUUGUUGUUCAAGUUUGCUCUGAACCCAAUCGGUCGACGAAUCCUCCUCGAUCUAUGCACGCCAUCUCAGCUGGAGAGGAUGCGAUCCAAAUCGCGCGGCAAUCCUUCCUUGCCAACACCGAUACGCAUUUCACAAAAGGAGGAAAGAAACGAUCGCAAUCUCCUUCUGCGAGCUCCCAUCCUUCAUCCUUUCGUGUACGCCAGCAGGACCCAAAUCUACAGAUGGCCUGUGGUCGCCCUCGGGAGGUCGAGGAAACCAUUCCUCUCACGUUGCUGUAUCCAGCCUUCGGCCAAUUUAUCGAUGACAGCCAAUCUUGCACUUACAUACCGACCGAAGAAGACAACAAUUUCAUCGGCAGCCUGGCCCAUGUGAUGUCGGCAAUGUAUGAGAAUGAAGACCAGCGACGAGAAGCGGUUAGCAAGGUGCUCAACGGAUACAACAUUCGCUUGUCCUUGAACGGCAAGGUCCGUGGUACUCGAUACAUAACGGACGGAAACAUGUCCAUGACUGUUGAUGACCGUUGUCAUCCUUAUGUGAUUGUCGAAUUCAAGAACGAGACGGCGGGUUCCGGUUCAGAACCUUACAUACAGGCUGCUAUGUACUACCUACAGGCGACCAGAACGUACGCGGCCACUCUGUCUGGGUCUGCCCUUCCCUGCUUUCUGCUUAUCAUUUUCGGACCAACCAUUGUAUUCGCAAGUGCUGUCUGGACGUUACGUCCUGUUAUUCAGAUUCUUUCCACCCCUAUUUCCUUCAAUUUCCAUUCCUUGGAUCGGUACAAUCAUGUCACCGCUGUGCGGCACAUGGCUGCAUUCCGCAAAGCUGUCCAAACCCUCGAGACGCAUUAUCAAACGCUACCUCAUCAUUCUGAACUUGUCAGCAAGCUAUCCCACCCCACAAUCUUCCCAUAUCCAACAACCUUUACAUCUCUCGACGACAACAGCACCAUCGCCUUCAAAUAUAUGGAGCACUUCCAUGAAAAUGGGCAACAGUCAAAAAGACUGAUCUUUUUCGGGACCCUGAACGAAGGGGAUGCUCAGGUUCCGAUCUGCAUCAAAUUCGUCCAAGAAUAUUCACGUGACGCUCAUAUACAUUGCGCUGCAGCAGGCCUUGCACCAAAAUUACGAGGAUUCGAACAGCUUCCUGGAGGCUGGUACAUGGUGGUGAUGGACAGACUUAUCGGUUAUGACCAAUUGGCCGACGUGGCAAUUGGCGAACAGAUCCCCAAAUCUGUGUUCGAUCGCCUCGGGGAUUGCCUGAGGUCUCUUCACAGCGACAAGCUGGUCCAUGGCGAUAUACGCGAUACUAAUAUCAUGCUCAAGACGGUGGACAGGACAAACAUUAUGAUAAUAGACUUCGACUGGGCUGGGGUAGAAGGCGUCGUGCGAUAUCCGGCAUUCGUGAAUUACAAGGAUAUACAAAGGCCAGAUGACGCGAGAGACGGACAACACAUCAAGGCAGCUCAUGACGAGGCUAUGCUGGGUUUUCUCAUGGCGAAGAGGUCGCAGAAGUAG